AUGCCCCUGUGAGGGGGCGGUGAUUAUGUCGGUCGGCGGUGCGGCCGGAAUUAGUUUUCGGGGGAAAUACACCGUGAGCUGAGAAUUGUGUGAAAAUAAAACGUGCUAAAGGGGGGGCCCACCGUUGCCAGGAGACGGUGCGGUUUCGGUUUCCAUGGGAACGGAGCAGGACGCCGGCGGCGAAGCGCGAGCGGACUUCAGCCCCCGCCAUCACCAGGGACAGAGAGUGUGCAAUAAAUAUCCAUGGAGGAGUUGUCACCAAUCACAUCCUCUGAGACACAGGCACCUGAGAAUGAAGACACUCAAAAUGUUUCAAAAACAUCACAGACUGUGUCUCAACAUUCUGGAAAACUGACUGCUGAGAGUGAAAAGUAUCUAGCUUCAGCAUGCCCAACAUUCCUCAAUGAGAGACGCAACCCUUUCAAGAUUCCUCAAGACUGUGAUAUCUUUGUGCUUCGAGAUAUUGAAAGAGAACGGAAGAAAAAGGAACAAAAUGAACAAAAGAAACUCAAGAUUCAUGAGAAGGUCACAUAUGCAGCUCGAGUUAAUGCAAAAUUUGGCAGCCCCCAAAAGGUAGAGGAAGAACCAGAGGAGGAUUCAGAGGCUGAGCAUCAGGCCAAUGUGAAAAAGUUGUCUGCUCUCAAAAGUGAUCCAUCAUGGAAGGUCAAAGUCACAAGAGAUCGACAGAUUGAGAAAGAAACCUUGAAUGAUUAUAUCAACAAGAAAAGAGAAAUGUUUAUGCUGCAGUACUCACUGACCAUGAAGAAGGAUGAGAUGAGGAAAUUGGAUGAAGUGGCUGCCGCAGAGGAGAUGAAACUUGAGAAGGCUGAGCAGUACCUUGAGGAAGACGCAGCCAUGUUUGAUGAGUUCUUGAAAGAAAAUGACAAAAAUUCAGUGGAAGCGAUGCAAAUAGCUGAACAGGAGACAAAACUGAAGCUGGAGAAAGUAGCUGAAAUCAAGAAAGUGACAACGCAAAUGAUGGCAGUGAAAAAUGAUAUCGUCAAGUUUGAAGAGACACUGAAGGAUUACCAGGUGUACAGAGACUUUCUGAUCAAACUCUCUCCCAAAGAAUGGAAAGAGGAGAGGGAGAGAAAGAAGAAUAAAUUAAAGACGUCGAAAACCUCCCUAAAGGAGAAAUCUGGGGAGUCGCUUAUGAAACCAUCCGUUCCAUCAGUGACCUUACGAAGGCAGGGCAGCAAGGCCAACAUUCAGUCAAGCAAGGAAAUUCGAACAAUCUUGUUGGGCGUGAAGCCCUCACUCGACAGGAGGAAGAGUUCUGCUGUCUCUACAACGAGAGAGUCUGAGCCCGAGUGGUCUGACAGUGACGAGAAUCCCCACAUUAGGAAACAUCCUUUCUACAGAGAUAAUGGGAACUGCACAUGCUGGAGAAUCCAAGAUAACAAGGAUCAGGAACUUUACUUCACAGAUCCCAAGCAGCUCCUAGACAUCUACACCGAGCUGGAGGAACAAAACCUGUCGCUAAUUCUCAACUCGCAGGAAACUGAGGAGGCAGUGGAGGAGAUCAAACAGGCCAUGGCUACUGCCCACCUUAAGAUGAACUGUGAGACAGAUUUUCUGAAGCAGCAGCUGAACAUGCUAAAUGAGGCUGUAGCCAAGGAGGAGAGCAGGGCUGCAGAACUCGAACUCAAAGCCAAGAUGUUCUCCUUCAGCCAAAGCACAAUUGAAGAUCAGGAUAAAAUGCUGGAAUCUCUGGAUCAGAAAGUGGGAGAGGUUUACAGAGCCUGUAUUGGUGAGAAUGAGGCCAACAUGAGCACGUUACAGAUGCUAACCAGUAUCGAGAACUACCUGGAAGACCUGUUUGAGAAUCUGGAGAAGUUUCCUCGGGAGAAGGUGGAAUUGGCACAAAGGAACAAAGAAAAGGAAAGAAGGAUGAGGGUCCGGGAGGAGAGACUGAUGGAAGAGAAGCUUCACCAGGAAGAGCGAAUCCAUCGAGCAAUCAUCAGAUCUCAGGCUGAACACCAGAAAAAGACUGGUAGGAAGCUCGUGUAUCGAUCAAACCCACCUUUAAUGAAGGAGCUGGAAAAACAGAACCAGAUUACCACUGACAAGGAGAAGGAGGAAAACGAGUAUUACUUUAGCAUGUAAAUCUGUGGUUUAGGAAAUUCUACAUCACAUUGGCAUCUCUGCAUUGUAAUGUUUCCCCAGGGCUCAAGGCUUGCAAUGAAGUUUUACUUCAAACAGUUUCCAUUGAUUUUUCUCUUUUCAAAUCAAAGCAACCCCACAGGCACAAUCUGCAGCUGCAAGCACCUAAAACAUUUUAUAAAGUAUGAGAAGUUUUAGUUUUCUCGUUUAUGGGGCACUGUAAGUUUGCAGUAUGUAUUCACAGAGAUAGUAUAAAUGAUUGAAAUAAAUUUGACUUUUUUUUGCCCCUUUCAA